GCAGAGCCUGAAGGUGGCCCACGGCCCGGCCACGACAACAGGCGGAGCCCAUUACGGCCUGCGCUCCUCUCCCCCCGCCCGGAAGCUUCCUCUCUUUCCUUCGAGGCCAACUAUGGCCGACGCGGCGGCGGCCGCUCGUCUCCCGCCCGGCGAAGAGGAGGACGCGUGCCGAAUCUGCCACCUCCCGGGCGAGGCGGACCGCCCCCUGCGCCACCCCUGCGCCUGCCGCGGAAGCAUCAGGUUCGUCCAUGACGAUUGCCUGCUCCGAUGGCUCGCCACGCGACGCGGCAGCAGCACGGCGUCGGCAUCAUCCAUAUGCGAGGUGUGCAAGCGCGCCAUCUCCAUCGCCCCCGUCUACGCCGCAAACGCUCCCGCCAGGCUGCCCCUCCCCGAGUUCAUGCUCGGCCUCGCCAGCAAGCUCAUGGCCUGGUUGCUCCUACUCCUCUCCCUCCUCUUCGCCGUCUGCGUCUGGGAGUUCCUCAUGCCGCUCACCACCCUCUGGGUCUGGCGCCUCGCCCUCUCCAGGACCUUCGCUCAAGUGCGCCACCUCCUCUCCCUCCGCGCCUCUGCCUUCGCCAGGCCCUACGCCCUGAGGUUCAUGCCCUCGCCGGACACCGUCCUUGCCUGCGCCUCCAUCAGGAGAGCCUUCCUCAGAGAGCUCCCCAACCUUAGGCAGCUCAACGCCCCUGCCAGGAUCGCUGCUGACGCCCUUGCUCCCCUUGCGCUUUGGGUGGCCCGCGUCGAAGCUCACCUGCAGCGCCGCUUUGGAGGGUUGGAUACCUUGCAGCUCCUUGCGCUGCACACCGUUGAAGCUUCCCUAAUGGUGGUGGUAGGUGAUGUGGCAUUUGCUUUUCUGCUUGGAUUUCUCCCCUUCUCACUGGGAAGAAUAGUAUUAUGCUGCACGUCGUGUUUCAGUUUUGGCACUGUGGAUGUAGCCCGCUCCUACACUUCAACAGCCAUGGUACUUUUAGUUGGAUAUGGGUUUAUCCUUAUGGUGGCGCUUCUCUUUACUGGCUUGCAUACUUUCCAGCAAUACUCAAGGGGCGAGCGCCCCACCAUCACCAUUUACUUUGGCGUAUUAACUGACUGGGUGUGCUGGCUGUCUAGCCCUCUUAGAAUGCUGCCUAGCAUACAUGGGAUGCUCGACAGGACAUGGAGUUUCUUGCAGCAAUUCUUCUGGGGGAUCGUAAGUGUAGCCAAUGUUUCUCUUAACCUUGCAGCGAUACUUGUGAUAUGCCCAUUGUUCUUUGGCUGGUUGCUUGAUAUCUGCACUUCAAAAUUGUUUGGGGUGAAAGUACCUCAGAAGCUCCAACUUCUAUUUGCUUCAUCAUUUGCUUCUACUGCCCUUCACUGGCUUAUUGGAUGCGUCUGUUUGAAGCUGCAUUCCUCACUUUCAAGUCUUCUUCACCCGGUGUUCAGGCUAGGAGUUAGGGCCCCUUUUGUCCACACUACUGGAGGCCAAAUCAAGAUAGGGGAACCAUUCUGCAAGUUUUAUUUCAAGAUUCUGCCGGGUCUUUUUCUCAGCGUUAUCUAUGUUGCAAUGGUCAUUUUUGUCCCUGUUGAAAUUGCUUUUCAUUUGGCACCUACUGUGUUCCCGUUAGACAUCACCUACUUUGAUCCUCCAACUCAGGGCACAGUACUUUGGCAAGCAGCACGGAACUAUGCAGAGUUACUAUCUGGUGUUCUUCUUCUGAAGUUUCUACUUUGCAAUGCACUGAAAUACCUUCAGCCUGGUGUGCUUGUGCAGAAGGUACUGUGGUAUUUGUUUGCCACUACUGGACAGGUUCUUGGUUUGUCCGAUUUAUUGAUUGCUCAGCCUGAUGACUCUGGUCAAUCCGAGAUUGGGAAUAGUGUCAUACCAAAAGAUCAGCACGGUAGGACUGCUGAGGCUAAGGACAAAAGGAGAUCUGCUGCUGUUCAUAUGGUGCUACUCAUGGUUCUAGCGUGGCUUAUUGUUGUGAUAUUCAAUGCUGCUCUACUUGUUGCUCCAGUCUCAGUUGGACGUGCAUUGUUGUUUGCCAUCCCUCAGGUGCCAGUAGCAGGUGCUUUGAAGUCAAAUGAUAUUUUUGCAUUUGCUGUCGGAUUUUGCAUCUUGUCAACUAUUAUUGCUGCCUCUAGAGAUGCCUUUGCUUACGUGAUGUCUGGGCGAACACGCCUUCUGGCUUCUAUUGUCUGCAAUUGGGGUACAACUGCUUUGAAGAGUUCUCCGCUUUUGUUCCUAUGGGUUGUCAUCAUUCCCUUUCUGAUCGGAUUGCUGGUUGAUUAUCUGCUGAUAUCACCCUUUGGGCCACCCUACAAUGAAGUUCCAGUUCUUGAUUUCUUCUGCACCUGGUUCCUGGGGUUGCAAUUGCUGAAAUUCUGGACUAAGUUGGUUCGCUGGACAAGGGUUGCCCCUUUCCUAGCCUAUUUCAUCGAUGAAAGGUGGGAUAGGAAGCUAAGUCAGGCAAGGGAGGAUGGGUUUUCAGGGCUCAGGGCAAUGUGGGUGCUGCGAGAUAUUUUGAUGCCAAUGAUCGUGAAGCUCCUGUCUGCUGUCUGUGUUCCUUAUGUGCUCGCAAAAGUCGUUGCCCCAGUACUUGGCUACUCUGCUCCCGUGAACUCUGCAGUGCUUCGUUUUGCAUGGCUAGGGAGCCUUGCCAUGUGUGUGCUCUGUUAUAUAGCCAAAGUACUCUGCAGGCUCGUCGUCAGGCUCCACGAUUCGAUAAGGGAUGAGCGCUAUCUCGUCGGGCAGAGGUUGCAGAACUACUACACUGACAAUAUGUAGCUAAAGAUUCACUUGGUCUUUGUUAGUAUUAAACAAGGUUUCUUUCUUUCUCUCUUUCUUUUUCCUGGAAAAACAGGUACUAGCUAUUCUCGUGCUGCGUGUAUAGGAUACCUAGUAUUGGUUGGCAGUUUUACUGUUAUUUGUAAAUAUCUUUUAACUAUACUAGUAGAAUAGAAAAAGCUGCAUGAAACCGUGAUCUCA